AUGCCAACAUUAAGAAAAUUUGAAUAUAAACAUUCAUUUAGAGCACCAAAUUUAUCUCAAAGAGAUGGCUCAAUUCCAUUUUGGACAAUAACAGGUGAUGCAAUUGCAAGUGGUGAUCAAUUACGUUUAGUACCUUCUAUUAAAAGUAGAAGAGGAAUUGCAUGGAAUAAAAGAGCUUUUACAGAAUCUGAAUUUUUUGAAAUUGAUACUGCUAUUAAAGUUACAGGACAAAGACUUGGAGCUGAUGGUUUAGCUUUUUGGUAUACAUCACAACCUGGAACUUUAGGACCAGUUUAUGGUUCAAAUGAUAGAUGGAAUGGUUUAGGUAUUUUCUUAGAUUCAUAUGAUAAUGAUGGCCAGAAAAAUAAUCCAUACAUCUCAGCAAUGGUUAAUGAUGGUACAAGAGAAUAUGAUCAUGUUUCUGAUGGAUCAACUCAGGUUCUUGCCGGAUGCCAAAAAGAUUUUAGAAAUAGACCAUAUCCUGUAAGAAUUAGAAUUGAAUAUUUUAAUAAUAUUUUAACUGUUUUAAUUUCUGAUGGACAAUCAGCACAACCACGUUAUGAAAUGUGUUUACGUGUUGAAAAUGUCUUCUUACCUAGAAAUGGUUACUUUGGUAUUUCAGCUGCUACAGGUGGUUUAGCUGAUGAUCAUGACAUUAUUGAAUUUUCUGCUUAUUCUCUUCAUAAUAAACCCGCAACUGGAGGUCAUGAUAUUCCUAAAGAUGAAAAAGAAAAGUAUGAUGCUGAAUUUGAGAGACAAAGAGAACAAUUUGAAAAAGAAAGAGAAAAAUUCCAAAAAGAACAUCCAGAAAAGGUUAGACCAGAUGAUGAGGAGGAUGCAGCAAAAUAUUAUGAAGAUGCUACUGCAAGAGAAUUACGUUUAAUUUAUGAAGCACAAACAGCAAUUCAUCAAAUUAUGCAAAACUUAGAUAAUAAAUUAAAAGAAAUUCAAAAUACACAAAAUGUUCAUACUUCAAUGCUUCAAUCAGGUGGUCAACAUGUACCACAAACGGGUGGUCAAGUACCUCAAGUUGCUCCUGGUGGUUUCCAACAACACGAAAAACAAGAAGUUAUCCAACAAAUUCGUGAUUUAUCAACAUCAAUAAGAGAUAUGAAAAAUUAUGUUAAUGAAGUUUAUACAAGAACAUUUAAUAUGGAAAAUAAAUUAAACACAGCCUCCCAAGGUGGAAUUAAUGCUGCUCUUCAACAACAAUUAAAUAAUAUUCAAGACGACCUUUCUAAAGUCAGUCGUAAUUAUGCAAAUAAUCAAGGAAAGUCUGGAGAUUGUCCUUCCUGUAUAGGAUCAUCAUUCUUUUUACUUAUUAUUGCAGUUCAAAGUGCAGCAUUGUUUGUAUUUAUAUAUUUAAGAUCAAAGGAAACGAAAGCUAAAUUUUAUUAG